AUGCAGCAAAACGACAACUCUCUCCUUAAGCAAAACAGCAAGUUGAUGCCUAAUACUCCUGAUCGUCUAAUGUGGAAAGAUGGUAAUGAUUUAGUUGAGCAUUCUUCAUCCCAGGUUUGGCAAUCGAUUAGGCGUCGAGCUGAAGAGGUGGAUUGGGUUAAUUUUGUUUGGUUCUCUCAGUGUAUUCCCAAGCAUGCUUUUCUUAUGUGGCUUGUCAUUCGUCGCAAACUUAUGACGCAAGACAAGAUUCUCCAAUGGGAUUUCACGAGAAGGAAGAAUAUGAAUAUGAUGUGCUGUCUCUUGUGCUAUGCUAAUGUUGAUUCUCACGACCAUCUGUUCUUUGAUUGCAAUUAUGCUACUCAAGUUUGGAUCAAGAUUCGGGAUAAAGGAGGGAUGAGCUCGGUGGGUCCAGCAUGGAACGCUAUUAUUGACUGGUUGGGGGCUAGGGCUAAUUCUAAGUCAGCAAUUAACUUUAUUAGUAGGCUCAUAGUUGCUGCUGCUGUUUAUUUCGUGCGGCAGGAGCGGAAUGCUAGGCUAUUCAGAAACCAGACAUGA